CAGCCAGCCACAGCACAUUCACCUAGCCGAUUCCUUGUCAAGCGUCACAGCCCACCUUCCACCCCUCACACGCAUCACCUCCCGCACUCGCAUCCCACACACACUCUCGCCCUCCUCCAGCACAUCGACAACUGCCAUGCCACCCAUGGCUCUCCCAGACAGCACCAGCACCACACUGCUCACAUCCCCCCUGCCGCCCAGGUGCGACAGCACCGAGUCGAGAGCAGUUCUGUCCUCAGCACGACGGUCGUCUCCAGGCCACAACAGCACGCACACCACUCUGCUGCCGCUGCUGUCGUCGUCUUCGCAAGUGGCUUGUGUCAGGUCAGGCGUGCUCGUCAGGUGGUGCUGGAGGGAGAGGGGUGUGGCCGCUGAGGGUGUGGUGUCAGAGUCUCCAUGGCAGGGAGGGGAGGGCGGCACGUAGAGGGCGUGGUAGGCGAUGCUCGGGGCGGGGGCGGGGGCGGGGCCAUUGUCGUCGUGGCUUUGCUCGGACAGAUAGGGCAGCAGGUGGGCGUCGAUCGCACCCAUCAGCUCAAGCUGAAGCUGCGUGUGGACACACACACACACAUACAUACCCACACGUACGGCAGACGGCAUUCAUUAAUGCAUCGACCCACCUUGCGGACGUGGGUGUUUCUGGUGUGGCUUUGCCUCUCGGCCUCCGCGCGCCGGCGGAGGGCACAUUGCCUGUCGGUCACCAGCUCCCCAUUGGCCACCGCCAGUCGCAGAUCGGCCAACGAGUCGCAAGACGCUAUCACGCCCUGAACCACUCAAGCGCAGGAAGGACACCAACCUUAUCUCUCGGUGCACUUAUUGCCUUGUGGGUCACCUUGAACGUGCCCCGAUGUGUGUCGUGUGGUGUCUUGCGGCCGUGGUCCAUCACCAUGGCCGCCAUCCGCCCCUCUCCACACAUGGGCACCCACACAUGCCAACCACCGCCACACUCUCCCUCCCUCUCGACCAGGCGGCUGACGAUGCGGCGCAUGACGGUCGGCGGCAGACGCCCCGGGAGCGAGUCGUCAUCCUGCGCUUGCUUGCCUGCGUCACGGUGGCGGUGCAGCAGACGAUUGGCCAACACAUCCGGGGCGAGGAGAGGUGCAUCCACAGCAGCCGGACUCGGGUGGGCUUCGAUGCAGAAGUGGCGGUACCGCUCGUUCUCUCUCUUUCUGUCCGCCAUUUGCAUGUGGAAGGCUCCCGGCCUUGCCCUGCGGUAGCGCCACACCUUCACCGGCCUGGUGGUGGACGAGGGUGGUGAGAAGAAGUGCUCGAUCUCCCUCGCCGCCUGGCUGGGGGCGUCGGGGCCGUGCACCUUGUUGGUGACCAGCAGCAGGGCCUCAUAAGCCGAAGGGUCGCCCGCAAAGGGCCCCGCCCACUCGACGCGCAGCCGCUGCUUGAGCCGCAGCCACGCGCCGGUCGCACCACCGGCAGGGCGCUCGAGCAGCCACCCCUCCACCAUCCCACUGCAUACCCACACACACACACACACACACAUGAAGGAUGCAUCUCUUGCCGUCUGAGAAAGUCACCUGGAGAGGUAUUCAGCCGCGGCGUCAUGGCGCGUCAGGUUGAAGGAAGACCCGUCGUUCAUUUCUGCGGUAUCGUCAGGAUCGUCAGGCCAGCCCCAUGAGCACCACAGGAAGGCCAUCGCCUCUUGGAGCGUCCACUGUCGGCUCUCACGUAGCCGAAUGGUGAAGCCUUCUCGCUUGAGCCGCUGCUCCAACACACCACGAUACCCAUGGCCGUCCUGAAUGAAAGCAACCACAGACACACACACACACACACACAUUCACCGUGCCGGACGCUCGCUUCUCUCAUUUCUCGCAUUACCUACCGGCUUGAUCAGAGCGAAGGUGACGUCUGAGCGGCACACCUCAAUCGCAGCCUGGCCAUCGCCUCGUGCAGUGGCAGACAGCCUGAGCCGCGAAACACGGCCACUUCUUCUUCUCUGCUGAUGGGCGCAUCUGGUGUGCAGAGGCCGUGGCUGUGUCAGCAGCAGUGCCAAUGCGGCAGGGAUGCAGAAACAGACGGCGGCGAUGAGCAAACUCACGAUGGAAUGAAUGGAUCUCACGAAAUCCGGGCAAGCGGAGCUGCCCGAAUGGCUCCCUGGGGCCGGGAAAGGCACAGAUCUCUCUUCUCC